AUGCAGAGCAAACACCGCUACAAAGAAUCACUAUCAGGAUCUGGUUGUCCGAUAUGGCCUGGAGAUUUUGAGUUACUAUAUAAGUAUGAAACAUAUAAUAACAGCUACAAAGAAUCACUAUCAGGAUCUGCUUGUCCGAUAUGGCCUGGAGAUUUUGAGUUACUAUAUAAGUAUGAAACAUAUAAUAACAGCUACAAAGAAUCACUAUCAGGAUCUGCUUGUCCGAUAUGGCCUGGAGAUUUUGAGUUACUAUAUAAGUAUGAAACAUAUAAUAACAGCUACAAAGAAUCACUAUCAGGAUCUGCUUGUCCGAUAUGGCCUGGAGAUUUUGAGUUACUAUAUAAGUAUGAAACAUAUAAUAACAGCUACAAAGAAUCACUAUCAGGAUCUGCUUGUCCGAUAUGGCCUGGAGAUUUUGAGUUACUAUAUAAGUAUGAAACAUAUAAUAACAGCUACAAAGAAUCACUAUCAGGAUCUGCUUGUCCGAUAUGGCCUGGAGAUUUUGAGUUACUAUAUAAGUAUGAAACAUAUAAUAACAGCUACAAAGAAUCACUAUCAGGAUCUGCUUGUCCGAUAUGGCCUGGAGAUUUUGAGUUACUAUAUAAGUAUGAAACAUAUAAUAACAGCUACAAAGAAUCACUAUCAGGAUCUGGUUGUCCGAUAUGGCCUGGAGAUUUUGAGUUACUAUAUAAGUAUGAAACAUAUAAUAACAGCUACAAAGAAUCACUAUCAGGGUCUGGUUGUCCGAUAUGGCCUGAAGAUUUUGAGUUACUAUAUAAGUAUGAAACAUAUAAUAACAGCUACAAAGAAUCACUAUCAGGAUCUGGUUGUCCGAUAUGGCCUGAAGAUUUUGAGUUACUAUAUAAGUAUGAAACAUAUAAUAACAGCUACAAAGAAUCACUAUCAGGAUCUGGUUGUCCGAUAUGGCCUGGAGAUUUUGAGUUACUAUAUAAGUAUGAAACAUAUAAUAACAGCUACAAAGAAUCACUAUCAGGAUCUGGUUGUCCGAUAUGGCCUGGAGAUUUUGAGUUACUAUAUAAGUAUGAAACAUAUAAUAACAGCUACAAAGAAUCACUAUCAGGAUCUGGUUGUCCGAUAUGGCCUGGAGAUUUUGAGUUACUAUAUAAGUAUGAAACAUAUAAUAACAGCUACAAAGAAUCACUAUCAGGAUCUGGUUGUCCGAUAUGGCCUGGAGAUUUUGAGUUACUAUAUAAGUAUGAAACAUAUAAUAACAGCUACAAAGAAUCACUAUCAGGAUCUGGUUGUCCGAUAUGGCCUGGAGAUUUUGAGUUACUAUAUAAGUAUGAAACAUAUAAUAACAGCUACAAAGAAUCACUAUCAGGAUCUGCUUGUCCGAUAUGGCCUGGAGAUUUUGAGUUACUAUAUAAGUAUGAAACAUAUAAUAACAGCUACAAAGAAUCACUAUCAGGAUCUGCUUGUCCGAUAUGGCCUGGAGAUUUUGAGUUACUAUAUAAGUAUGAAACAUAUAAUAACAGCUACAAAGAAUCACUAUCAGGAUCUGGUUGUCCGAUAUGGCCUGGAGAUUUUGAGUUACUAUAUAAGUAUGAAACAUAUAAUAACAGCUACAAAGAAUCACUAUCAGGAUCUGGUUGUCCGAUAUGGCCUGGAGAUUUUGAGUUACUAUAUAAGUAUGAAACAUAUAAUAACAGCUACAAAGAAUCACUAUCAGGGUCUGGUUGUCCGAUAUGGCCUGAAGAUUUUGAGUUACUAUAUAAGUAUGAAACAUAUAAUAACAGCUACAAAGAAUCACUAUCAGGAUCUGGUUGUCCGAUAUGGCCUGAAGAUUUUGAGUUACUAUAUAAGUAUGAAACAUAUAAUAACAGCUACAAAGAAUCACUAUCAGGAUCUGGUUGUCCGAUAUGGCCUGGAGAUUUUGAGUUACUAUAUAAGUAUGAAACAUAUAAUAACAGCUACAAAGAAUCACUAUCAGGAUCUGGUUGUCCGAUAUGGCCUGGAGAUUUUGAGUUACUAUAUAAGUAUGAAACAUAUAAUAACAGCUACAAAGAAUCACUAUCAGGAUCUGGUUGUCCGAUAUGGCCUGGAGAUUUUGAGUUACUAUAUAAGUAUGAAACAUAUAAUAACAGCUACAAAGAAUCACUAUCAGGAUCUGGUUGUCCGAUAUGGCCUGGAGAUUUUGAGUUACUAUAUAAGUAUGAAACAUAUAAUAACAGCUACAAAGAAUCACUAUCAGGAUCUGGUUGUCCGAUAUGGCCUGGAGAUUUUGAGUUACUAUAUAAGUAUGAAACAUAUAAUAACAGCUACAAAGAAUCACUAUCAGGAUCUGGUUGUCCGAUAUGGCCUGGAGAUUUUGAGUUACUAUAUAAGUAUGAAACAUAUAAUAACAGCUACAAAGAAUCACUAUCAGGAUCUGGUUGUCCGAUAUGGCCUGGAGAUUUUGAGUUACUAUAUAAGUAUGAAACAUAUAAUAACAGCUACAAAGAAUCACUAUCAGGAUCUGGUUGUCCGAUAUGGCCUGGAGAUUUUGAGUUACUAUAUAAGUAUGAAACAUAUAAUAACAGCUACAAAGAAUCACUAUCAGGAUCUGGUUGUCCGAUAUGGCCUGGAGAUUUUGAGUUACUAUAUAAGUAUGAAACAUAUAAUAACAGCUACAAAGAAUCACUAUCAGGAUCUGGUUGUCCGAUAUGGCCUGGAGAUUUUGAGUUACUAUAUAAGUAUGAAACAUAUAAUAACAGCUACAAAGAAUCACUAUCAGGAUCUGGUUGUCCGAUAUGGCCUGGAGAUUUUGAGUUACUAUAUAAGUAUGAAACAUAUAAUAACAGCUACAAAGAAUCACUAUCAGGAUCUGGUUGUCCGAUAUGGCCUGGAGAUUUUGAGUUACUAUAUAAGUAUGAAACAUAUAAUAACAGCUACAAAGAAUCACUAUCAGGAUCUGGUUGUCCGAUAUGGCCUGGAGAUUUUGAGUUACUAUAUAAGUAUGAAACAUAUAAUAACAGCUACAAAGAAUCACUAUCAGGAUCUGGUUGUCCGAUAUGGCCUGGAGAUUUUGAGUUACUAUAUAAGUAUGAAACAUAUAAUAACAGCUACAAAGAAUCACUAUCAGGAUCUGGUUGUCCGAUAUGGCCUGGAGAUUUUGAGUUACUAUAUAAGUAUGAAACAUAUAAUAACAGCUACAAAGAAUCACUAUCAGGAUCUGCUUGUCCGAUAUGGCCUGGAGAUUUUGAGUUACUAUAUAAGUAUGAAACAUAUAAUAACAGCUACAAAGAAUCACUAUCAGGAUCUGCUUGUCCGAUAUGGCCUGGAGAUUUUGAGUUACUAUAUAAGUAUGAAACAUAUAAUAACAGCUACAAAGAAUCACUAUCAGGAUCUGGUUGUCCGAUAUGGCCUGGAGAUUUUGAGUUACUAUAUAAGUAUGAAACAUAUAAUAACAGCUACAAAGAAUCACUAUCAGGAUCUGGUUGUCCGAUAUGGCCUGGAGAUUUUGAGUUACUAUAUAACUACAAAGAAUCACUAUCAGGAUCUGCUUGUCCGAUAUGGCCUGGAGAUUUUGAGUUACUAUAUAAGUAUGAAACAUAUAAUAACAGCUACAAAGAAUCACUAUCAGGAUCUGGUUGUCCGAUAUGGCCUGGAGAUUUUGAGUUACUAUAUAAGUAUGAAACAUAUAAUAACAGCUACAAAGAAUCACUAUCAGGGUCUGCUUGUCCGAUAUGGCCUGAAGAUUUUGAGUUACUAUAUAAGUAUGAAACAUAUAAUAACAGCUACAAAGAAUCACUAUCAGGAUCUGGUUGUCCGAUAUGGCCUGGAGAUUUUGAGUUACUAUAUAAGUAUGAAACAUAUAAUAACAGCUACAAAGAAUCACUAUCAGGAUCUGGUUGUCCGAUAUGGCCUGGAGAUUUUGAGUUACUAUAUAAGUAUGAAACAUAUAAUAACAGCUACAAAGAAUCACUAUCAGGAUCUGGUUGUCCGAUAUGGCCUGGAGAUUUUGAGUUACUAUAUAAGUAUGAAACAUAUAAUAACAGCUACAAAGAAUCACUAUCAGGAUCUGGUUGUCCGAUAUGGCCUGGAGAUUUUGAGUUACUAUAUAAGUAUGAAACAUAUAAUAACAGCUACAAAGAAUCACUAUCAGGAUCUGGUUGUCCGAUAUGGCCUGGAGAUUUUGAGUUACUAUAUAAGUAUGAAACAUAUAAUAACAGCUACAAAGAAUCACUAUCAGGAUCUGGUUGUCCGAUAUGGCCUGGAGAUUUUGAGUUACUAUAUAAGUAUGAAACAUAUAAUAACAGCUACAAAGAAUCACUAUCAGGAUCUGGUUGUCCGAUAUGGCCUGGAGAUUUUGAGUUACUAUAUAAGUAUGAAACAUAUAAUAACAGCUACAAAGAAUCACUAUCAGGAUCUGGUUGUCCGAUAUGGCCUGGAGAUUUUGAGUUACUAUAUAAGUAUGAAACAUAUAAUAACAGCUACAAAGAAUCACUAUCAGGAUCUGGUUGUCCGAUAUGGCCUGGAGAUUUUGAGUUACUAUAUAAGUAUGAAACAUAUAAUAACAGCUACAAAGAAUCACUAUCAGGAUCUGGUUGUCCGAUAUGGCCUGGAGAUUUUGAGUUACUAUAUAAGUAUGAAACAUAUAAUAACAGCUACAAAGAAUCACUAUCAGGAUCUGGUUGUCCGAUAUGGCCUGGAGAUUUUGAGUUACUAUAUAAGUAUGAAACAUAUAAUAACAGCUACAAAGAAUCACUAUCAGGAUCUGGUUGUCCGAUAUGGCCUGGAGAUUUUGAGUUACUAUAUAAGUAUGAAACAUAUAAUAACAGCUACAAAGAAUCACUAUCAGGAUCUGGUUGUCCGAUAUGGCCUGGAGAUUUUGAGUUACUAUAUAAGUAUGAAACAUAUAAUAACAGCUACAAAGAAUCACUAUCAGGAUCUGGUUGUCCGAUAUGGCCUGGAGAUUUUGAGUUACUAUAUAAGUAUGAAACAUAUAAUAACAGCUACAAAGAAUCACUAUCAGGAUCUGCUUGUCCGAUAUGGCCUGGAGAUUUUGAGUUACUAUAUAAGUAUGAAACAUAUAAUAACAGCUACAAAGAAUCACUAUCAGGAUCUGGUUGUCCGAUAUGGCCUGGAGAUUUUGAGUUACUAUAUAAGUAUGAAACAUAUAAUAACAGCUACAAAGAAUCACUAUCAGGAUCUGGUUGUCCGAUAUGGCCUGGAGAUUUUGAGUUACUAUAUAAGUAUGAAACAUAUAAUAACAGCUACAAAGAAUCACUAUCAGGAUCUGCUUGUCCGAUAUGGCCUGGAGAUUUUGAGUUACUAUAUAAGUAUGAAACAUAUAAUAACAGCUACAAAGAAUCACUAUCAGGAUCUGGUUGUCCGAUAUGGCCUGGAGAUUUUGAGUUACUAUAUAAGUAUGAAACAUAUAAUAACAGCUACAAAGAAUCACUAUCAGGAUCUGGUUGUCCGAUAUGGCCUGGAGAUUUUGAGUUACUAUAUAAGUAUGAAACAUAUAAUAACAGCUACAAAGAAUCACUAUCAGGAUCUGGUUGUCCGAUAUGGCCUGGAGAUUUUGAGUUACUAUAUAAGUAUGAAACAUAUAAUAACAGCUACAAAGAAUCACUAUCAGGAUCUGGUUGUCCGAUAUGGCCUGGAGAUUUUGAGUUACUAUAUAAGUAUGAAACAUAUAAUAACAGCUACAAAGAAUCACUAUCAGGAUCUGGUUGUCCGAUAUGGCCUGGAGAUUUUGAGUUACUAUAUAAGUAUGAAACAUAUAAUAACAGCUACAAAGAAUCACUAUCAGGAUCUGGUUGUCCGAUAUGGCCUGGAGAUUUUGAGUUACUAUAUAAGUAUGAAACAUAUAAUAACAGCUACAAAGAAUCACUAUCAGGAUCUGGUUGUCCGAUAUGGCCUGGAGAUUUUGAGUUACUAUAUAAGUAUGAAACAUAUAAUAACAGCUACAAAGAAUCACUAUCAGGAUCUGGUUGUCCGAUAUGGCCUGGAGAUUUUGAGUUACUAUAUAAGUAUGAAACAUAUAAUAACAGCUACAAAGAAUCACUAUCAGGAUCUGGUUGUCCGAUAUGGCCUGGAGAUUUUGAGUUACUAUAUAAGUAUGAAACAUAUAAUAACAGCUACAAAGAAUCACUAUCAGGAUCUGGUUGUCCGAUAUGGCCUGGAGAUUUUGAGUUACUAUAUAAGUAUGAAACAUAUAAUAACAGCUACAAAGAAUCACUAUCAGGAUCUGGUUGUCCGAUAUGGCCUGGAGAUUUUGAGUUACUAUAUAAGUAUGAAACAUAUAAUAACAGCUACAAAGAAUCACUAUCAGGAUCUGGUUGUCCGAUAUGGCCUGGAGAUUUUGAGUUACUAUAUAAGUAUGAAACAUAUAAUAACAGCUACAAAGAAUCACUAUCAGGAUCUGGUUGUCCGAUAUGGCCUGGAGAUUUUGAGUUACUAUAUAAGUAUGAAACAUAUAAUAACAGCUACAAAGAAUCACUAUCAGGAUCUGGUUGUCCGAUAUGGCCUGGAGAUUUUGAGUUACUAUAUAAGUAUGAAACAUAUAAUAACAGCUACAAAGAAUCACUAUCAGGAUCUGGUUGUCCGAUAUGGCCUGGAGAUUUUGAGUUACUAUAUAAGUAUGAAACAUAUAAUAACAGCUACAAAGAAUCACUAUCAGGAUCUGGUUGUCCGAUAUGGCCUGGAGAUUUUGAGUUACUUUAUAAGUAUGAAACAUAUAAUAACAGCUACAAAGAAUCACUAUCAGGAUCUGGUUGUCCGAUAUGGCCUGGAGAUUUUGAGUUACUAUAUAAGUAUGAAACAUAUAAUAACAGCUACAAAGAAUCACUAUCAGGAUCUGGUUGUCCGAUAUGGCCUGGAGAUUUUGAGUUACUAUAUAAGUAUGAAACAUAUAAUAACAGCUACAAAGAAUCACUAUCAGGAUCUGGUUGUCCGAUAUGGCCUGGAGAUUUUGAGUUACUAUAUAAGUAUGAAACAUAUAAUAACAGCUACAAAGAAUCACUAUCAGGAUCUGGUUGUCCGAUAUGGCCUGGAGAUUUUGAGUUACUAUAUAAGUAUGAAACAUAUAAUAACAGCUACAAAGAAUCACUAUCAGGAUCUGGUUGUCCGAUAUGGCCUGGAGAUUUUGAGUUACUAUAUAAGUAUGAAACAUAUAAUAACAGCUACAAAGAAUCACUAUCAGGAUCUGCUUGUCCGAUAUGGCCUGGAGAUUUUGAGUUACUAUAUAAGUAUGAAACAUAUAAUAACAGCUACAAAGAAUCACUAUCAGGAUCUGGUUGUCCGAUAUGGCCUGGAGAUUUUGAGUUACUAUAUAAGUAUGAAACAUAUAAUAACAGCUACAAAGAAUCACUAUCAGGAUCUGCUUGUCCGAUAUGGCCUGGAGAUUUUGAGUUACUAUAUAAGUAUGAAACAUAUAAUAACAGCUACAAAGAAUCACUAUCAGGAUCUGGUUGUCCGAUAUGGCCUGGAGAUUUUGAGUUACUAUAUAAGUAUGAAACAUAUAAUAACAGCUACAAAGAAUCACUAUCAGGAUCUGGUUGUCCGAUAUGGCCUGGAGAUUUUGAGUUACUAUAUAAGUAUGAAACAUAUAAUAACAGCUACAAAGAAUCACUAUCAGGAUCUGGUUGUCCGAUAUGGCCUGGAGAUUUUGAGUUACUAUAUAAGUAUGAAACAUAUAAUAACAGCUACAAAGAAUCACUAUCAGGAUCUGGUUGUCCGAUAUGGCCUGGAGAUUUUGAGUUACUAUAUAAGUAUGAAACAUAUAAUAACAGCUACAAAGAAUCACUAUCAGGAUCUGCUUGUCCGAUAUGGCCUGGAGAUUUUGAGUUACUAUAUAAGUAUGAAACAUAUAAUAACAGCUACAAAGAAUCACUAUCAGGAUCUGGUUGUCCGAUAUGGCCUGGAGAUUUUGAGUUACUAUAUAAGUAUGAAACAUAUAAUAACAGCUACAAAGAAUCACUAUCAGGAUCUGGUUGUCCGAUAUGGCCUGGAGAUUUUGAGUUACUAUAUAAGUAUGAAACAUAUAAUAACAGCUACAAAGAAUCACUAUCAGGAUCUGGUUGUCCGAUAUGGCCUGGAGAUUUUGAGUUACUAUAUAAGUAUGAAACAUAUAAUAACAGCUACAAAGAAUCACUAUCAGGAUCUGGUUGUCCGAUAUGGCCUGGAGAUUUUGAGUUACUAUAUAAGUAUGAAACAUAUAAUAACAGCUACAAAGAAUCACUAUCAGGAUCUGGUUGUCCGAUAUGGCCUGGAGAUUUUGAGUUACUAUAUAAGUAUGAAACAUAUAAUAACAGCUACAAAGAAUCACUAUCAGGAUCUGGUUGUCCGAUAUGGCCUGGAGAUUUUGAGUUACUAUAUAAGUAUGAAACAUAUAAUAACAGCUACAAAGAAUCACUAUCAGGAUCUGGUUGUCCGAUAUGGCCUGGAGAUUUUGAGUUACUAUAUAAGUAUGAAACAUAUAAUAACAGCUACAAAGAAUCACUAUCAGGAUCUGGUUGUCCGAUAUGGCCUGGAGAUUUUGAGUUACUAUAUAAGUAUGAAACAUAUAAUAACAGCUACAAAGAAUCACUAUCAGGAUCUGGUUGUCCGAUAUGGCCUGGAGAUUUUGAGUUACUAUAUAAGUAUGAAACAUAUAAUAACAGCUACAAAGAAUCACUAUCAGGAUCUGGUUGUCCGAUAUGGCCUGGAGAUUUUGAGUUACUAUAUAAGUAUGAAACAUAUAAUAACAGCUACAAAGAAUCACUAUCAGGAUCUGGUUGUCCGAUAUGGCCUGGAGAUUUUGAGUUACUAUAUAAGUAUGAAACAUAUAAUAACAGCUACAAAGAAUCACUAUCAGGAUCUGGUUGUCCGAUAUGGCCUGGAGAUUUUGAGUUACUAUAUAAGUAUGAAACAUAUAAUAACAGCUACAAAGAAUCACUAUCAGGAUCUGGUUGUCCGAUAUGGCCUGGAGAUUUUGAGUUACUAUAUAAGUAUGAAACAUAUAAUAACAGCUACAAAGAAUCACUAUCAGGAUCUGGUUGUCCGAUAUGGCCUGGAGAUUUUGAGUUACUAUAUAAGUAUGAAACAUAUAAUAACAGCUACAAAGAAUCACUAUCAGGAUCUGCUUGUCCGAUAUGGCCUGGAGAUUUUGAGUUACUAUAUAAGUAUGAAACAUAUAAUAACAGCUACAAAGAAUCACUAUCAGGAUCUGGUUGUCCGAUAUGGCCUGGAGAUUUUGAGUUACUAUAUAAGUAUGAAACAUAUAAUAACAGCUACAAAGAAUCACUAUCAGGAUCUGGUUGUCCGAUAUGGCCUGGAGAUUUUGAGUUACUAUAUAAGUAUGAAACAUAUAAUAACAGCUACAAAGAAUCACUAUCAGGAUCUGCUUGUCCGAUAUGGCCUGGAGAUUUUGAGUUACUAUAUAAGUAUGAAACAUAUAAUAACAGCUACAAAGAAUCACUAUCAGGAUCUGGUUGUCCGAUAUGGCCUGGAGAUUUUGAGUUACUAUAUAAGUAUGAAACAUAUAAUAACAGCUACAAAGAAUCACUAUCAGGAUCUGGUUGUCCGAUAUGGCCUGGAGAUUUUGAGUUACUAUAUAAGUAUGAAACAUAUAAUAACAGCUACAAAGAAUCACUAUCAGGAUCUGCUUGUCCGAUAUGGCCUGGAGAUUUUGAGUUACUAUAUAAGUAUGAAACAUAUAAUAACAGCUACAAAGAAUCACUAUCAGGAUCUGGUUGUCCGAUAUGGCCUGGAGAUUUUGAGUUACUAUAUAAGUAUGAAACAUAUAAUAACAGCUACAAAGAAUCACUAUCAGGAUCUGGUUGUCCGAUAUGGCCUGGAGAUUUUGAGUUACUAUAUAAGUAUGAAACAUAUAAUAACAGCUACAAAGAAUCACUAUCAGGAUCUGGUUGUCCGAUAUGGCCUGGAGAUUUUGAGUUACUAUAUAAGUAUGAAACAUAUAAUAACAGCUACAAAGAAUCACUAUCAGGAUCUGCUUGUCCGAUAUGGCCUGGAGAUUUUGAGUUACUAUAUAAGUAUGAAACAUAUAAUAACAGCUACAAAGAAUCACUAUCAGGAUCUGGUUGUCCGAUAUGGCCUGGAGAUUUUGAGUUACUAUAUAAGUAUGAAACAUAUAAUAACAGCUACAAAGAAUCACUAUCAGGAUCUGCUUGUCCGAUAUGGCCUGGAGAUUUUGAGUUACUAUAUAAGUAUGAAACAUAUAAUAACAGCUACAAAGAAUCACUAUCAGGAUCUGGUUGUCCGAUAUGGCCUGGAGAUUUUGAGUUACUAUAUAAGUAUGAAACAUAUAAUAACAGCUACAAAGAAUCACUAUCAGGAUCUGGUUGUCCGAUAUGGCCUGGAGAUUUUGAGUUACUAUAUAAGUAUGAAACAUAUAAUAACAGCUACAAAGAAUCACUAUCAGGAUCUGGUUGUCCGAUAUGGCCUGGAGAUUUUGAGUUACUAUAUAAGUAUGAAACAUAUAAUAACAGCUACAAAGAAUCACUAUCAGGAUCUGGUUGUCCGAUAUGGCCUGGAGAUUUUGAGUUACUAUAUAAGUAUGAAACAUAUAAUAACAGCUACAAAGAAUCACUAUCAGGAUCUGGUUGUCCGAUAUGGCCUGGAGAUUUUGAGUUACUAUAUAAGUAUGAAACAUAUAAUAACAGCUACAAAGAAUCACUAUCAGGAUCUGGUUGUCCAAUAUGGCCUGGAGAUUUUGAGUUACUAUAUAAGUAUGAAACAUAUAAUAACAGCUACAAAGAAUCACUAUCAGGAUCUGGUUGUCCGAUAUGGCCUGGAGAUUUUGAGUUACUAUAUAAGUAUGAAACAUAUAAUAACAGCUACAAAGAAUCACUAUCAGGAUCUGGUUGUCCGAUAUGGCCUGGAGAUUUUGAGUUACUAUAUAAGUAUGAAACAUAUAAUAACAGCUACAAAGAAUCACUAUCAGGAUCUGGUUGUCCGAUAUGGCCUGGAGAUUUUGAGUUACUAUAUAAGUAUGAAACAUAUAAUAACAGCUACAAAGAAUCACUAUCAGGAUCUGCUUGUCCGAUAUGGCCUGGAGAUUUUGAGUUACUAUAUAAGUAUGAAACAUAUAAUAACAGCUACAAAGAAUCACUAUCAGGAUCUGCUUGUCCGAUAUGGCCUGGAGAUUUUGAGUUACUAUAUAAGUAUGAAACAUAUAAUAACAGCUACAAAGAAUCACUAUCAGGAUCUGGUUGUCCGAUAUGGCCUGGAGAUUUUGAGUUACUAUAUAAGUAUGAAACAUAUAAUAACAGCUACAAAGAAUCACUAUCAGGAUCUGGUUGUCCGAUAUGGCCUGGAGAUUUUGAGUUACUAUAUAAGUAUGAAACAUAUAAUAACAGCUACAAAGAAUCACUAUCAGGAUCUGGUUGUCCGAUAUGGCCUGGAGAUUUUGAGUUACUAUAUAAGUAUGAAACAUAUAAUAACAGCUACAAAGAAUCACUAUCAGGAUCUGGUUGUCCGAUAUGGCCUGGAGAUUUUGAGUUACUAUAUAAGUAUGAAACAUAUAAUAACAGCUACAAAGAAUCACUAUCAGGAUCUGGUUGUCCGAUAUGGCCUGGAGAUUUUGAGUUACUAUAUAAGUAUGAGACAUAUAAUAACAGCUACAAAGAAUCACUAUCAGGAUCUGCUUGUCCGAUAUGGCCUGGAGAUUUUGAGUUACUAUAUAAGUAUGAAACAUAUAAUAACAGCUACAAAGAAUCACUAUCAGGAUCUGGUUGUCCGAUAUGGCCUGGAGAUUUUGAGUUACUAUAUAAGUAUGAAACAUAUAAUAACAGCUACAAAGAAUCACUAUCAGGAUCUGCUUGUCCGAUAUGGCCUGGAGAUUUUGAGUUACUAUAUAAGUAUGAAACAUAUAAUAACAGCUACAAAGAAUCACUAUCAGGAUCUGCUUGUCCGAUAUGGCCUGGAGAUUUUGAGUUACUAUAUAAGUAUGAAACAUAUAAUAACAGCUACAAAGAAUCACUAUCAGGAUCUGGUUGUCCGAUAUGGCCUGGAGAUUUUGAGUUACUAUAUAAGUAUGAAACAUAUAAUAACAGCUACAAAGAAUCACUAUCAGGAUCUGGUUGUCCGAUAUGGCCUGGAGAUUUUGAGUUACUAUAUAAGUAUGAAACAUAUAAUAACAGCUACAAAGAAUCACUAUCAGGAUCUGGUUGUCCGAUAUGGCCUGGAGAUUUUGAGUUACUAUAUAAGUAUGAAACAUAUAAUAACAGCUACAAAGAAUCACUAUCAGGAUCUGGUUGUCCGAUAUGGCCUGGAGAUUUUGAGUUACUAUAUAAGUAUGAAACAUAUAAUAACAGCUACAAAGAAUCACUAUCAGGAUCUGCUUGUCCGAUAUGGCCUGGAGAUUUUGAGUUACUAUAUAAGUAUGAAACAUAUAAUAACAGCUACAAAGAAUCACUAUCAGGAUCUGCUUGUCCGAUAUGGCCUGGAGAUUUUGAGUUACUAUAUAAGUAUGAAACAUAUAAUAACAGCUACAAAGAAUCACUAUCAGGAUCUGCUUGUCCGAUAUGGCCUGGAGAUUUUGAGUUACUAUAUAAGUAUGAAACAUAUAAUAACAGCUACAAAGAAUCACUAUCAGGAUCUGCUUGUCCGAUAUGGCCUGGAGAUUUUGAGUUACUAUAUAAGUAUGAAACAUAUAAUAACAGCUACAAAGAAUCACUAUCAGGAUCUGGUUGUCCGAUAUGGCCUGGAGAUUUUGAGUUACUAUAUAACUACAAAGAAUCACUAUCAGGAUCUGCUUGUCCGAUAUGGCCUGGAGAUUUUGAGUUACUAUAUAAGUAUGAAACAUAUAAUAACAGCUACAAAGAAUCACUAUCAGGAUCUGGUUGUCCGAUAUGGCCUGGAGAUUUUGAGUUACUAUAUAACUACAAAGAAUCACUAUCAGGAUCUGCUUGUCCGAUAUGGCCUGGAGAUUUUGAGUUACUAUAUAAGUAUGAAACAUAUAAUAACAGCUACAAAGAAUCACUAUCAGGAUCUGGUUGUCCGAUAUGGCCUGGAGAUUUUGAGUUACUAUAUAAGUAUGAAACAUAUAAUAACAGCUACAAAGAAUCACUAUCAGGAUCUGGUUGUCCGAUAUGGCCUGGAGAUUUUGAGUUACUAUAUAAGUAUGAAACAUAUAAUAACAGCUACAAAGAAUCACUAUCAGGAUCUGGUUGUCCGAUAUGGCCUGGAGAUUUUGAGUUACUAUAUAAGUAUGAAACAUAUAAUAACAGCUACAAAGAAUCACUAUCAGGAUCUGGUUGUCCGAUAUGGCCUGGAGAUUUUGAGUUACUAUAUAAGUAUGAAACAUAUAAUAACAGCUACAAAGAAUCACUAUCAGGAUCUGGUUGUCCGAUAUGGCCUGGAGAUUUUGAGUUACUAUAUAAGUAUGAAACAUAUAAUAACAGCUACAAAGAAUCACUAUCAGGAUCUGGUUGUCCGAUAUGGCCUGGAGAUUUUGAGUUACUAUAUAAGUAUGAAACAUAUAAUAACAGCUACAAAGAAUCACUAUCAGGAUCUGGUUGUCCGAUAUGGCCUGGAGAUUUUGAGUUACUAUAUAAGUAUGAAACAUAUAAUAACAGCUACAAAGAAUCACUAUCAGGAUCUGCUUGUCCGAUAUGGCCUGGAGAUUUUGAGUUACUAUAUAAGUAUGAAACAUAUAAUAACAGCUACAAAGAAUCACUAUCAGGAUCUGCUUGUCCGAUAUGGCCUGGAGAUUUUGAGUUACUAUAUAAGUAUGAAACAUAUAAUAACAGCUACAAAGAAUCACUAUCAGGAUCUGGUUGUCCGAUAUGGCCUGGAGAUUUUGAGUUACUAUAUAAGUAUGAAACAUAUAAUAACAGCUACAAAGAAUCACUAUCAGGAUCUGGUUGUCCGAUAUGGCCUGGAGAUUUUGAGUUACUAUAUAAGUAUGAAACAUAUAAUAACAGCUACAAAGAAUCACUAUCAGGAUCUGGUUGUCCGAUAUGGCCUGGAGAUUUUGAGUUACUAUAUAAGUAUGAAACAUAUAAUAACAGCUACAAAGAAUCACUAUCAGGAUCUGGUUGUCCGAUAUGGCCUGGAGAUUUUGAGUUACUAUAUAAGUAUGAAACAUAUAAUAACAGCUACAAAGAAUCACUAUCAGGAUCUGGUUGUCCGAUAUGGCCUGGAGAUUUUGAGUUACUAUAUAAGUAUGAAACAUAUAAUAACAGCUACAAAGAAUCACUAUCAGGAUCUGGUUGUCCGAUAUGGCCUGGAGAUUUUGAGUUACUAUAUAAGUAUGAAACAUAUAAUAACAGCUACAAAGAAUCACUAUCAGGAUCUGGUUGUCCGAUAUGGCCUGGAGAUUUUGAGUUACUAUAUAAGUAUGAAACAUAUAAUAACAGCUACAAAGAAUCACUAUCAGGAUCUGCUUGUCCGAUAUGGCCUGGAGAUUUUGAGUUACUAUAUAAGUAUGAAACAUAUAAUAACAGCUACAAAGAAUCACUAUCAGGAUCUGGUUGUCCGAUAUGGCCUGGAGAUUUUGAGUUACUAUAUAAGUAUGAAACAUAUAAUAACAGCUACAAAGAAUCACUAUCAGGAUCUGGUUGUCCGAUAUGGCCUGGAGAUUUUGAGUUACUAUAUAAGUAUGAAACAUAUAAUAACAGCUACAAAGAAUCACUAUCAGGAUCUGCUUGUCCGAUAUGGCCUGGAGAUUUUGAGUUACUAUAUAAGUAUGAAACAUAUAAUAACAGCUACAAAGAAUCACUAUCAGGAUCUGGUUGUCCGAUAUGGCCUGGAGAUUUUGAGUUACUAUAUAAGUAUGAAACAUAUAAUAACAGCUACAAAGAAUCACUAUCAGGAUCUGGUUGUCCGAUAUGGCCUGGAGAUUUUGAGUUACUAUAUAAGUAUGAAACAUAUAAUAACAGCUACAAAGAAUCACUAUCAGGAUCUGCUUGUCCGAUAUGGCCUGGAGAUUUUGAGUUACUAUAUAAGUAUGAAACAUAUAAUAACAGCUACAAAGAAUCACUAUCAGGAUCUGGUUGUCCGAUAUGGCCUGGAGAUUUUGAGUUACUAUAUAAGUAUGAAACAUAUAAUAACAGCUACAAAGAAUCACUAUCAGGAUCUGGUUGUCCGAUAUGGCCUGGAGAUUUUGAGUUACUAUAUAAGUAUGAAACAUAUAAUAACAGCUACAAAGAAUCACUAUCAGGAUCUGGUUGUCCGAUAUGGCCUGGAGAUUUUGAGUUACUAUAUAAGUAUGAAACAUAUAAUAACAGCUACAAAGAAUCACUAUCAGGAUCUGCUUGUCCGAUAUGGCCUGGAGAUUUUGAGUUACUAUAUAAGUAUGAAACAUAUAAUAACAGCUACAAAGAAUCACUAUCAGGAUCUGGUUGUCCGAUAUGGCCUGGAGAUUUUGAGUUACUAUAUAAGUAUGAAACAUAUAAUAACAGCUACAAAGAAUCACUAUCAGGAUCUGCUUGUCCGAUAUGGCCUGGAGAUUUUGAGUUACUAUAUAAGUAUGAAACAUAUAAUAACAGCUACAAAGAAUCACUAUCAGGAUCUGGUUGUCCGAUAUGGCCUGGAGAUUUUGAGUUACUAUAUAAGUAUGAAACAUAUAAUAACAGCUACAAAGAAUCACUAUCAGGAUCUGGUUGUCCGAUAUGGCCUGGAGAUUUUGAGUUACUAUAUAAGUAUGAAACAUAUAAUAACAGCUACAAAGAAUCACUAUCAGGAUCUGGUUGUCCGAUAUGGCCUGGAGAUUUUGAGUUACUAUAUAAGUAUGAAACAUAUAAUAACAGCUACAAAGAAUCACUAUCAGGAUCUGGUUGUCCGAUAUGGCCUGGAGAUUUUGAGUUACUAUAUAAGUAUGAAACAUAUAAUAACAGCUACAAAGAAUCACUAUCAGGAUCUGGUUGUCCGAUAUGGCCUGGAGAUUUUGAGUUACUAUAUAAGUAUGAAACAUAUAAUAACAGCUACAAAGAAUCACUAUCAGGAUCUGGUUGUCCGAUAUGGCCUGGAGAUUUUGAGUUACUAUAUAAGUAUGAAACAUAUAAUAACAGCUACAAAGAAUCACUAUCAGGAUCUGGUUGUCCGAUAUGGCCUGGAGAUUUUGAGUUACUAUAUAAGUAUGAAACAUAUAAUAACAGCUACAAAGAAUCACUAUCAGGAUCUGGUUGUCCGAUAUGGCCUGGAGAUUUUGAGUUACUAUAUAAGUAUGAAACAUAUAAUAACAGCUACAAAGAAUCACUAUCAGGAUCUGGUUGUCCGAUAUGGCCUGGAGAUUUUGAGUUACUAUAUAAGUAUGAAACAUAUAAUAACAGCUACAAAGAAUCACUAUCAGGAUCUGCUUGUCCGAUAUGGCCUGGAGAUUUUGAGUUACUAUAUAAGUAUGAAACAUAUAAUAACAGCUACAAAGAAUCACUAUCAGGAUCUGCUUGUCCGAUAUGGCCUGGAGAUUUUGAGUUACUAUAUAAGUAUGAAACAUAUAAUAACAGCUACAAAGAAUCACUAUCAGGAUCUGGUUGUCCGAUAUGGCCUGGAGAUUUUGAGUUACUAUAUAACUACAAAGAAUCACUAUCAGGAUCUGGUUGUCCGAUAUGGCCUGGAGAUUUUGAGUUACUAUAUAAGUAUGAAACAUAUAAUAACAGCUACAAAGAAUCACUAUCAGGAUCUGGUUGUCCGAUAUGGCCUGGAGAUUUUGAGUUACUAUAUAAGUAUGAAACAUAUAAUAACAGCUACAAAGAAUCACUAUCAGGAUCUGGUUGUCCGAUAUGGCCUGGAGAUUUUGAGUUACUAUAUAAGUAUGAGACAUAUAAUAACAGCUACAAAGAAUCACUAUCAGGAUCUGCUUGUCCGAUAUGGCCUGGAGAUUUUGAGUUACUAUAUAAGUAUGAAACAUAUAAUAACAGCUACAAAGAAUCACUAUCAGGAUCUGGUUGUCCGAUAUGGCCUGGAGAUUUUGAGUUACUAUAUAAGUAUGAAACAUAUAAUAACAGCUACAAAGAAUCACUAUCAGGAUCUGCUUGUCCGAUAUGGCCUGGAGAUUUUGAGUUACUAUAUAAGUAUGAAACAUAUAAUAACAGCUACAAAGAAUCACUAUCAGGAUCUGCUUGUCCGAUAUGGCCUGGAGAUUUUGAGUUACUAUAUAAGUAUGAAACAUAUAAUAACAGCUACAAAGAAUCACUAUCAGGAUCUGGUUGUCCGAUAUGGCCUGGAGAUUUUGAGUUACUAUAUAAGUAUGAAACAUAUAAUAACAGCUACAAAGAAUCACUAUCAGGAUCUGGUUGUCCGAUAUGGCCUGGAGAUUUUGAGUUACUAUAUAAGUAUGAAACAUAUAAUAACAGCUACAAAGAAUCACUAUCAGGAUCUGGUUGUCCGAUAUGGCCUGGAGAUUUUGAGUUACUAUAUAAGUAUGAAACAUAUAAUAACAGCUACAAAGAAUCACUAUCAGGAUCUGGUUGUCCGAUAUGGCCUGGAGAUUUUGAGUUACUAUAUAAGUAUGAAACAUAUAAUAACAGCUACAAAGAAUCACUAUCAGGAUCUGCUUGUCCGAUAUGGCCUGGAGAUUUUGAGUUACUAUAUAAGUAUGAAACAUAUAAUAACAGCUACAAAGAAUCACUAUCAGGAUCUGCUUGUCCGAUAUGGCCUGGAGAUUUUGAGUUACUAUAUAAGUAUGAAACAUAUAAUAACAGCUACAAAGAAUCACUAUCAGGAUCUGCUUGUCCGAUAUGGCCUGGAGAUUUUGAGUUACUAUAUAAGUAUGAAACAUAUAAUAACAGCUACAAAGAAUCACUAUCAGGAUCUGCUUGUCCGAUAUGGCCUGGAGAUUUUGAGUUACUAUAUAAGUAUGAAACAUAUAAUAACAGCUACAAAGAAUCACUAUCAGGAUCUGGUUGUCCGAUAUGGCCUGGAGAUUUUGAGUUACUAUAUAACUACAAAGAAUCACUAUCAGGAUCUGCUUGUCCGAUAUGGCCUGGAGAUUUUGAGUUACUAUAUAAGUAUGAAACAUAUAAUAACAGCUACAAAGAAUCACUAUCAGGAUCUGGUUGUCCGAUAUGGCCUGGAGAUUUUGAGUUACUAUAUAACUACAAAGAAUCACUAUCAGGAUCUGCUUGUCCGAUAUGGCCUGGAGAUUUUGAGUUACUAUAUAAGUAUGAAACAUAUAAUAACAGCUACAAAGAAUCACUAUCAGGAUCUGGUUGUCCGAUAUGGCCUGGAGAUUUUGAGUUACUAUAUAAGUAUGAAACAUAUAAUAACAGCUACAAAGAAUCACUAUCAGGAUCUGGUUGUCCGAUAUGGCCUGGAGAUUUUGAGUUACUAUAUAAGUAUGAAACAUAUAAUAACAGCUACAAAGAAUCACUAUCAGGAUCUGGUUGUCCGAUAUGGCCUGGAGAUUUUGAGUUACUAUAUAAGUAUGAAACAUAUAAUAACAGCUACAAAGAAUCACUAUCAGGAUCUGGUUGUCCGAUAUGGCCUGGAGAUUUUGAGUUACUAUAUAAGUAUGAAACAUAUAAUAACAGCUACAAAGAAUCACUAUCAGGAUCUGGUUGUCCGAUAUGGCCUGGAGAUUUUGAGUUACUAUAUAAGUAUGAAACAUAUAAUAACAGCUACAAAGAAUCACUAUCAGGAUCUGGUUGUCCGAUAUGGCCUGGAGAUUUUGAGUUACUAUAUAAGUAUGAAACAUAUAAUAACAGCUACAAAGAAUCACUAUCAGGAUCUGGUUGUCCGAUAUGGCCUGGAGAUUUUGAGUUACUAUAUAAGUAUGAAACAUAUAAUAACAGCUACAAAGAAUCACUAUCAGGAUCUGCUUGUCCGAUAUGGCCUGGAGAUUUUGAGUUACUAUAUAAGUAUGAAACAUAUAAUAACAGCUACAAAGAAUCACUAUCAGGAUCUGCUUGUCCGAUAUGGCCUGGAGAUUUUGAGUUACUAUAUAAGUAUGAAACAUAUAAUAACAGCUACAAAGAAUCACUAUCAGGAUCUGGUUGUCCGAUAUGGCCUGGAGAUUUUGAGUUACUAUAUAAGUAUGAAACAUAUAAUAACAGCUACAAAGAAUCACUAUCAGGAUCUGCUUGUCCGAUAUGGCCUGGAGAUUUUGAGUUACUAUAUAAGUAUGAAACAUAUAAUAACAGCUACAAAGAAUCACUAUCAGGAUCUGCUUGUCCGAUAUGGCCUGGAGAUUUUGAGUUACUAUAUAAGUAUGAAACAUAUAAUAACAGCUACAAAGAAUCACUAUCAGGAUCUGGUUGUCCGAUAUGGCCUGGAGAUUUUGAGUUACUAUAUAAGUAUGAAACAUAUAAUAACAGCUACAAAGAAUCACUAUCAGGAUCUGGUUGUCCGAUAUGGCCUGGAGAUUUUGAGUUACUAUAUAAGUAUGAAACAUAUAAUAACAGCUACAAAGAAUCACUAUCAGGAUCUGGUUGUCCGAUAUGGCCUGGAGAUUUUGAGUUACUAUAUAAGUAUGAAACAUAUAAUAACAGCUACAAAGAAUCACUAUCAGGAUCUGGUUGUCCGAUAUGGCCUGGAGAUUUUGAGUUACUAUAUAAGUAUGAAACAUAUAAUAACAGCUACAAAGAAUCACUAUCAGGAUCUGGUUGUCCGAUAUGGCCUGGAGAUUUUGAGUUACUAUAUAAGUAUGAAACAUAUAAUAACAGCUACAAAGAAUCACUAUCAGGAUCUGGUUGUCCGAUAUGGCCUGGAGAUUUUGAGUUACUAUAUAAGUAUGAAACAUAUAAUAACAGCUACAAAGAAUCACUAUCAGGAUCUGGUUGUCCGAUAUGGCCUGGAGAUUUUGAGUUACUAUAUAAGUAUGAAACAUAUAAUAACAGCUACAAAGAAUCACUAUCAGGAUCUGGUUGUCCGAUAUGGCCUGGAGAUUUUGAGUUACUAUAUAAGUAUGAAACAUAUAAUAACAGCUACAAAGAAUCACUAUCAGGAUCUGGUUGUCCGAUAUGGCCUGGAGAUUUUGAGUUACUAUAUAAGUAUGAAACAUAUAAUAACAGCUACAAAGAAUCACUAUCAGGAUCUGGUUGUCCGAUAUGGCCUGGAGAUUUUGAGUUACUAUAUAACUACAAAGAAUCACUAUCAGGAUCUGCUUGUCCGAUAUGGCCUGGAGAUUUUGAGUUACUAUAUAAGUAUGAAACAUAUAAUAACAGCUACAAAGAAUCACUAUCAGGAUCUGGUUGUCCGAUAUGGCCUGGAGAUUUUGAGUUACUAUAUAAGUAUGAAACAUAUAAUAACAGCUACAAAGAAUCACUAUCAGGAUCUGCUUGUCCGAUAUGGCCUGAAGAUUUUGAGUUACUAUAUAAGUAUGAAACAUAUAAUAACAGCUACAAAGAAUCACUAUCAGGAUCUGGUUGUCCGAUAUGGCCUGGAGAUUUUGAGUUACUAUAUAAGUAUGAAACAUAUAAUAACAGCUACAAAGAAUCACUAUCAGGAUCUGGUUGUCCGAUAUGGCCUGGAGAUUUUGAGUUACUAUAUAAGUAUGAAACAUAUAAUAACAGCUACAAAGAAUCACUAUCAGGAUCUGGUUGUCCGAUAUGGCCUGGAGAUUUUGAGUUACUAUAUAAGUAUGAAACAUAUAAUAACAGCUACAAAGAAUCACUAUCAGGAUCUGGUUGUCCGAUAUGGCCUGGAGAUUUUGAGUUACUAUAUAAGUAUGAAACAUAUAAUAACAGCUACAAAGAAUCACUAUCAGGAUCUGGUUGUCCGAUAUGGCCUGGAGAUUUUGAGUUACUAUAUAAGUAUGAAACAUAUAAUAACAGCUACAAAGAAUCACUAUCAGGAUCUGGUUGUCCGAUAUGGCCUGGAGAUUUUGAGUUACUAUAUAAGUAUGAAACAUAUAAUAACAGCUACAAAGAAUCACUAUCAGGAUCUGGUUGUCCGAUAUGGCCUGGAGAUUUUGAGUUACUAUAUAAGUAUGAAACAUAUAAUAACAGCUACAAAGAAUCACUAUCAGGAUCUGGUUGUCCGAUAUGGCCUGGAGAUUUUGAGUUACUAUAUAAGUAUGAAACAUAUAAUAACAGCUACAAAGAAUCACUAUCAGGAUCUGGUUGUCCGAUAUGGCCUGGAGAUUUUGAGUUACUAUAUAAGUAUGAAACAUAUAAUAACAGCUACAAAGAAUCACUAUCAGGAUCUGGUUGUCCGAUAUGGCCUGGAGAUUUUGAGUUACUAUAUAAGUAUGAAACAUAUAAUAACAGCUACAAAGAAUCACUAUCAGGAUCUGGUUGUCCGAUAUGGCCUGGAGAUUUUGAGUUACUAUAUAAGUAUGAAACAUAUAAUAACAGCUACAAAGAAUCACUAUCAGGAUCUGGUUGUCCGAUAUGGCCUGGAGAUUUUGAGUUACUAUAUAAGUAUGAAACAUAUAAUAACAGCUACAAAGAAUCACUAUCAGGAUCUGCUUGUCCGAUAUGGCCUGGAGAUUUUGAGUUACUAUAUAAGUAUGAAACAUAUAAUAACAGCUACAAAGAAUCACUAUCAGGAUCUGGUUGUCCGAUAUGGCCUGGAGAUUUUGAGUUACUAUAUAAGUAUGAAACAUAUAAUAACAGCUACAAAGAAUCACUAUCAGGAUCUGCUUGUCCGAUAUGGCCUGGAGAUUUUGAGUUACUAUAUAAGUAUGAAACAUAUAAUAACAGCUACAAAGAAUCACUAUCAGGAUCUGCUUGUCCGAUAUGGCCUGGAGAUUUUGAGUUACUAUAUAAGUAUGAAACAUAUAAUAACAGCUACAAAGAAUCACUAUCAGGAUCUGGUUGUCCGAUAUGGCCUGGAGAUUUUGAGUUACUAUAUAAGUAUGAAACAUAUAAUAACAGCUACAAAGAAUCACUAUCAGGAUCUGGUUGUCCGAUAUGGCCUGGAGAUUUUGAGUUACUAUAUAAGUAUGAAACAUAUAAUAACAGCUACAAAGAAUCACUAUCAGGAUCUGGUUGUCCGAUAUGGCCUGGAGAUUUUGAGUUACUAUAUAAGUAUGAAACAUAUAAUAACAGCUACAAAGAAUCACUAUCAGGAUCUGGUUGUCCGAUAUGGCCUGGAGAUUUUGAGUUACUAUAUAAGUAUGAAACAUAUAAUAACAGCUACAAAGAAUCACUAUCAGGAUCUGGUUGUCCGAUAUGGCCUGGAGAUUUUGAGUUACUAUAUAAGUAUGAAACAUAUAAUAACAGCUACAAAGAAUCACUAUCAGGAUCUGGUUGUCCGAUAUGGCCUGGAGAUUUUGAGUUACUAUAUAAGUAUGAAACAUAUAAUAACAGCUACAAAGAAUCACUAUCAGGAUCUGGUUGUCCGAUAUGGCCUGGAGAUUUUGAGUUACUAUAUAAGUAUGAAACAUAUAAUAACAGCUACAAAGAAUCACUAUCAGGAUCUGUUUGUUCGAUAUGGCCUGGAGAUUUUGAGUUACUAUAUAAGUAUGAAACAUAUAAUAACAGCUACAAAGAAUCACUAUCAGGAUCUGGUUGUCCGAUAUGGCCUGGAGAUUUUGAGUUACUAUAUAAGUAUGAAACAUAUAAUAACAGCUACAAAGAAUCACUAUCAGGAUCUGGUUGUCCGAUAUGGCCUGGAGAUUUUGAGUUACUAUAUAACUACAAAGAAUCACUAUCAGGAUCUGCUUGUCCGAUAUGGCCUGGAGAUUUUGAGUUACUAUAUAAGUAUGAAACAUAUAAUAACAGCUACAAAGAAUCACUAUCAGGAUCUGCUUGUCCGAUAUGGCCUGGAGAUUUUGAGUUACUAUAUAAGUAUGAAACAUAUAAUAACAGCUACAAAGAAUCACUAUCAGGGUCUGCUUGUCCGAUAUGGCCUGGAGAUUUUGAGUUACUAUAUAAGUAUGAAACAUAUAAUAACAGCUACAAAGAAUCACUAUCAGGAUCUGGUUGUCCGAUAUGGCCUGGAGAUUUUGAGUUACUAUAUAAGUAUGAAACAUAUAAUAACAGCUACAAAGAAUCACUAUCAGGAUCUGCUUGUCCGAUAUGGCCUGGAGAUUUUGAGUUACUAUAUAAGUAUGAAACAUAUAAUAACAGCUACAAAGAAUCACUAUCAGGAUCUGCUUGUCCGAUAUGGCCUGGAGAUUUUGAGUUACUAUAUAAGUAUGAAACAUAUAAUAACAGCUACAAAGAAUCACUAUCAGGGUCUGCUUGUCCGAUAUGGCCUGGAGAUUUUGAGUUACUAUAUAAGUAUGAAACAUAUAAUAACAGCUACAAAGAAUCACUAUCAGGAUCUGGUUGUCCGAUAUGGCCUGGAGAUUUUGAGUUACUAUAUAAGUAUGAAACAUAUAAUAACAGCUACAAAGAAUCACUAUCAGGAUCUGGUUGUCCGAUAUGGCCUGGAGAUUUUGAGUUACUAUAUAAGUAUGAAACAUAUAAUAACAGCUACAAAGAAUCACUAUCAGGAUCUGCUUGUCCGAUAUGGCCUGAAGAUUUUGAGUUACUAUAUAAGUAUGAAACAUAUAAUAACAGCUACAAAGAAUCACUAUCAGGAUCUGGUUGUCCGAUAUGGCCUGGAGAUUUUGAGUUACUAUAUAAGUAUGAAACAUAUAAUAACAGCUACAAAGAAUCACUAUCAGGAUCUGGUUGUCCGAUAUGGCCUGGAGAUUUUGAGUUACUAUAUAAGUAUGAAACAUAUAAUAACAGCUACAAAGAAUCACUAUCAGGAUCUGGUUGUCCGAUAUGGCCUGGAGAUUUUGAGUUACUAUAUAAGUAUGAAACAUAUAAUAACAGCUACAAAGAAUCACUAUCAGGAUCUGGUUGUCCGAUAUGGCCUGGAGAUUUUGAGUUACUAUAUAAGUAUGAAACAUAUAAUAACAGCUACAAAGAAUCACUAUCAGGAUCUGGUUGUCCGAUAUGGCCUGGAGAUUUUGAGUUACUAUAUAAGUAUGAAACAUAUAAUAACAGCUACAAAGAAUCACUAUCAGGAUCUGGUUGUCCGAUAUGGCCUGGAGAUUUUGAGUUACUAUAUAAGUAUGAAACAUAUAAUAACAGCUACAAAGAAUCACUAUCAGGAUCUGGUUGUCCGAUAUGGCCUGGAGAUUUUGAGUUACUAUAUAAGUAUGAAACAUAUAAUAACAGCUACAAAGAAUCACUAUCAGGAUCUGGUUGUCCGAUAUGGCCUGGAGAUUUUGAGUUACUAUAUAAGUAUGAAACAUAUAAUAACAGCUACAAAGAAUCACUAUCAGGAUCUGGUUGUCCGAUAUGGCCUGGAGAUUUUGAGUUACUAUAUAAGUAUGAAACAUAUAAUAACAGCUACAAAGAAUCACUAUCAGGAUCUGGUUGUCCGAUAUGGCCUGGAGAUUUUGAGUUACUAUAUAAGUAUGAAACAUAUAAUAACAGCUACAAAGAAUCACUAUCAGGAUCUGGUUGUCCGAUAUGGCCUGGAGAUUUUGAGUUACUAUAUAAGUAUGAAACAUAUAAUAACAGCUACAAAGAAUCACUAUCAGGAUCUGGUUGUCCGAUAUGGCCUGGAGAUUUUGAGUUACUAUAUAAGUAUGAAACAUAUAAUAACAGCUACAAAGAAUCACUAUCAGGAUCUGGUUGUCCGAUAUGGCCUGGAGAUUUUGAGUUACUAUAUAAGUAUGAAACAUAUAAUAACAGCUACAAAGAAUCACUAUCAGGAUCUGGUUGUCCGAUAUGGCCUGGAGAUUUUGAGUUACUAUAUAAGUAUGAAACAUAUAAUAACAGCUACAAAGAAUCACUAUCAGGAUCUGGUUGUCCGAUAUGGCCUGGAGAUUUUGAGUUACUAUAUAAGUAUGAAACAUAUAAUAACAGCUACAAAGAAUCACUAUCAGGAUCUGGUUGUCCGAUAUGGCCUGGAGAUUUUGAGUUACUAUAUAAGUAUGAAACAUAUAAUAACAGCUACAAAGAAUCACUAUCAGGAUCUGGUUGUCCGAUAUGGCCUGGAGAUUUUGAGUUACUAUAUAAGUAUGAAACAUAUAAUAACAGCUACAAAGAAUCACUAUCAGGAUCUGGUUGUCCGAUAUGGCCUGGAGAUUUUGAGUUACUAUAUAAGUAUGAAACAUAUAAUAACAGCUACAAAGAAUCACUAUCAGGAUCUGCUUGUCCGAUAUGGCCUGGAGAUUUUGAGUUACUAUAUAAGUAUGAAACAUAUAAUAACAGCUACAAAGAAUCACUAUCAGGAUCUGCUUGUCCGAUAUGGCCUGGAGAUUUUGAGUUACUAUAUAAGUAUGAAACAUAUAAUAACAGCUACAAAGAAUCACUAUCAGGAUCUGGUUGUCCGAUAUGGCCUGGAGAUUUUGAGUUACUAUAUAAGUAUGAAACAUAUAAUAACAGCUACAAAGAAUCACUAUCAGGAUCUGGUUGUCCGAUAUGGCCUGGAGAUUUUGAGUUACUAUAUAAGUAUGAAACAUAUAAUAACAGCUACAAAGAAUCACUAUCAGGAUCUGGUUGUCCGAUAUGGCCUGGAGAUUUUGAGUUACUAUAUAAGUAUGAAACAUAUAAUAACAGCUACAAAGAAUCACUAUCAGGAUCUGGUUGUCCGAUAUGGCCUGGAGAUUUUGAGUUACUAUAUAAGUAUGAAACAUAUAAUAACAGCUACAAAGAAUCACUAUCAGGAUCUGGUUGUCCGAUAUGGCCUGGAGAUUUUGAGUUACUAUAUAAGUAUGAAACAUAUAAUAACAGCUACAAAGAAUCACUAUCAGGAUCUGGUUGUCCGAUAUGGCCUGGAGAUUUUGAGUUACUAUAUAAGUAUGAAACAUAUAAUAACAGCUACAAAGAAUCACUAUCAGGAUCUGGUUGUCCGAUAUGGCCUGGAGAUUUUGAGUUACUAUAUAAGUAUGAAACAUAUAAUAACAGCUACAAAGAAUCACUAUCAGGAUCUGGUUGUCCGAUAUGGCCUGGAGAUUUUGAGUUACUAUAUAAGUAUGAAACAUAUAAUAACAGCUACAAAGAAUCACUAUCAGGAUCUGGUUGUCCGAUAUGGCCUGGAGAUUUUGAGUUACUAUAUAAGUAUGAAACAUAUAAUAACAGCUACAAAGAAUCACUAUCAGGAUCUGGUUGUCCGAUAUGGCCUGGAGAUUUUGAGUUACUAUAUAAGUAUGAAACAUAUAAUAACAGCUACAAAGAAUCACUAUCAGGAUCUGGUUGUCCGAUAUGGCCUGGAGAUUUUGAGUUACUAUAUAAGUAUGAAACAUAUAAUAACAGCUACAAAGAAUCACUAUCAGGAUCUGGUUGUCCGAUAUGGCCUGGAGAUUUUGAGUUACUAUAUAAGUAUGAAACAUAUAAUAACAGCUACAAAGAAUCACUAUCAGGAUCUGCUUGUCCGAUAUGGCCUGGAGAUUUUGAGUUACUAUAUAAGUAUGAAACAUAUAAUAACAGCUACAAAGAAUCACUAUCAGGAUCUGGUUGUCCGAUAUGGCCUGGAGAUUUUGAGUUACUAUAUAAGUAUGAAACAUAUAAUAACAGCUACAAAGAAUCACUAUCAGGAUCUGCUUGUCCGAUAUGGCCUGGAGAUUUUGAGUUACUAUAUAAGUAUGAAACAUAUAAUAACAGCUACAAAGAAUCACUAUCAGGAUCUGGUUGUCCGAUAUGGCCUGGAGAUUUUGAGUUACUAUAUAAGUAUGAAACAUAUAAUAACAGCUACAAAGAAUCACUAUCAGGAUCUGGUUGUCCGAUAUGGCCUGGAGAUUUUGAGUUACUAUAUAAGUAUGAAACAUAUAAUAACAGCUACAAAGAAUCACUAUCAGGAUCUGGUUGUCCGAUAUGGCCUGGAGAUUUUGAGUUACUAUAUAAGUAUGAAACAUAUAAUAACAGCUACAAAGAAUCACUAUCAGGAUCUGCUUGUCCGAUAUGGCCUGGAGAUUUUGAGUUACUAUAUAAGUAUGAAACAUAUAAUAACAGCUACAAAGAAUCACUAUCAGGAUCUGGUUGUCCGAUAUGGCCUGGAGAUUUUGAGUUACUAUAUAAGUAUGAAACAUAUAAUAACAGCUACAAAGAAUCACUAUCAGGAUCUGGUUGUCCGAUAUGGCCUGGAGAUUUUGAGUUACUAUAUAAGUAUGAAACAUAUAAUAACAGCUACAAAGAAUCACUAUCAGGAUCUGGUUGUCCGAUAUGGCCUGGAGAUUUUGAGUUACUAUAUAAGUAUGAAACAUAUAAUAACAGCUACAAAGAAUCACUAUCAGGAUCUGCUUGUCCGAUAUGGCCUGGAGAUUUUGAGUUACUAUAUAAGUAUGAAACAUAUAAUAACAGCUACAAAGAAUCACUAUCAGGAUCUGCUUGUCCGAUAUGGCCUGGAGAUUUUGAGUUACUAUAUAAGUAUGAAACAUAUAAUAACAGCUACAAAGAAUCACUAUCAGGAUCUGGUUGUCCGAUAUGGCCUGGAGAUUUUGAGUUACUAUAUAAGUAUGAAACAUAUAAUAACAGCUACAAAGAAUCACUAUCAGGAUCUGGUUGUCCGAUAUGGCCUGGAGAUUUUGAGUUACUAUAUAAGUAUGAAACAUAUAAUAACAGCUACAAAGAAUCACUAUCAGGAUCUGGUUGUCCGAUAUGGCCUGGAGAUUUUGAGUUACUAUAUAAGUAUGAAACAUAUAAUAACAGCUACAAAGAAUCACUAUCAGGAUCUGGUUGUCCGAUAUGGCCUGGAGAUUUUGAGUUACUAUAUAAGUAUGAAACAUAUAAUAACAGCUACAAAGAAUCACUAUCAGGAUCUGCUUGUCCGAUAUGGCCUGGAGAUUUUGAGUUACUAUAUAAGUAUGAAACAUAUAAUAACAGCUACAAAGAAUCACUAUCAGGAUCUGGUUGUCCGAUAUGGCCUGGAGAUUUUGAGUUACUAUAUAAGUAUGAAACAUAUAAUAACAGCUACAAAGAAUCACUAUCAGGAUCUGGUUGUCCGAUAUGGCCUGGAGAUUUUGAGUUACUAUAUAAGUAUGAAACAUAUAAUAACAGCUACAAAGAAUCACUAUCAGGAUCUGGUUGUCCGAUAUGGCCUGGAGAUUUUGAGUUACUAUAUAAGUAUGAAACAUAUAAUAACAGCUACAAAGAAUCACUAUCAGGAUCUGGUUGUCCGAUAUGGCCUGGAGAUUUUGAGUUACUAUAUAACUACAAAGAAUCACUAUCAGGAUCUGCUUGUCCGAUAUGGCCUGGAGAUUUUGAGUUACUAUAUAAGUAUGAAACAUAUAAUAACAGCUACAAAGAAUCACUAUCAGGAUCUGGUUGUCCGAUAUGGCCUGGAGAUUUUGAGUUACUAUAUAAGUAUGAAACAUAUAAUAACAGCUACAAAGAAUCACUAUCAGGAUCUGGUUGUCCGAUAUGGCCUGGAGAUUUUGAGUUACUAUAUAAGUAUGAAACAUAUAAUAACAGCUACAAAGAAUCACUAUCAGGAUCUGCUUGUCCGAUAUGGCCUGGAGAUUUUGAGUUACUAUAUAAGUAUGAAACAUAUAAUAACAGCUACAAAGAAUCACUAUCAGGAUCUGCUUGUCCGAUAUGGCCUGGAGAUUUUGAGUUACUAUAUAAGUAUGAAACAUAUAAUAACAGCUACAAAGAAUCACUAUCAGGAUCUGGUUGUCCGAUAUGGCCUGGAGAUUUUGAGUUACUAUAUAAGUAUGAAACAUAUAAUAACAGCUACAAAGAAUCACUAUCAGGAUCUGGUUGUCCGAUAUGGCCUGGAGAUUUUGAGUUACUAUAUAAGUAUGAAACAUAUAAUAACAGCUACAAAGAAUCACUAUCAGGAUCUGGUUGUCCGAUAUGGCCUGGAGAUUUUGAGUUACUAUAUAAGUAUGAAACAUAUAAUAACAGCUACAAAGAAUCACUAUCAGGAUCUGGUUGUCCGAUAUGGCCUGGAGAUUUUGAGUUACUAUAUAAGUAUGAAACAUAUAAUAACAGCUACAAAGAAUCACUAUCAGGAUCUGGUUGUCCGAUAUGGCCUGGAGAUUUUGAGUUACUAUAUAAGUAUGAAACAUAUAAUAACAGCUACAAAGAAUCACUAUCAGGAUCUGGUUGUCCGAUAUGGCCUGGAGAUUUUGAGUUACUAUAUAAGUAUGAAACAUAUAAUAACAGCUACAAAGAAUCACUAUCAGGAUCUGGUUGUCCGAUAUGGCCUGGAGAUUUUGAGUUACUAUAUAAGUAUGAAACAUAUAAUAACAGCUACAAAGAAUCACUAUCAGGAUCUGGUUGUCCGAUAUGGCCUGGAGAUUUUGAGUUACUAUAUAAGUAUGAAACAUAUAAUAACAGCUACAAAGAAUCACUAUCAGGAUCUGGUUGUCCGAUAUGGCCUGGAGAUUUUGAGUUACUAUAUAAGUAUGAAACAUAUAAUAACAGCUACAAAGAAUCACUAUCAGGAUCUGGUUGUCCGAUAUGGCCUGGAGAUUUUGAGUUACUAUAUAAGUAUGAAACAUAUAAUAACAGCUACAAAGAAUCACUAUCAGGAUCUGCUUGUCCGAUAUGGCCUGGAGAUUUUGAGUUACUAUAUAAGUAUGAAACAUAUAAUAACAGCUACAAAGAAUCACUAUCAGGAUCUGCUUGUCCGAUAUGGCCUGGAGAUUUUGAGUUACUAUAUAAGUAUGAAACAUAUAAUAACAGCUACAAAGAAUCACUAUCAGGAUCUGGUUGUCCGAUAUGGCCUGGAGAUUUUGAGUUACUAUAUAAGUAUGAAACAUAUAAUAACAGCUACAAAGAAUCACUAUCAGGAUCUGGUUGUCCGAUAUGGCCUGGAGAUUUUGAGUUACUAUAUAAGUAUGAAACAUAUAAUAACAGCUACAAAGAAUCACUAUCAGGAUCUGGUUGUCCGAUAUGGCCUGGAGAUUUUGAGUUACUAUAUAAGUAUGAAACAUAUAAUAACAGCUACAAAGAAUCACUAUCAGGAUCUGGUUGUCCGAUAUGGCCUGGAGAUUUUGAGUUACUAUAUAAGUAUGAAACAUAUAAUAACAGCUACAAAGAAUCACUAUCAGGAUCUGGUUGUCCGAUAUGGCCUGGAGAUUUUGAGUUACUAUAUAAGUAUGAAACAUAUAAUAACAGCUACAAAGAAUCACUAUCAGGAUCUGCUUGUCCGAUAUGGCCUGGAGAUUUUGAGUUACUAUAUAAGUAUGAAACAUAUAAUAACAGCUACAAAGAAUCACUAUCAGGAUCUGGUUGUCCGAUAUGGCCUGGAGAUUUUGAGUUACUAUAUAAGUAUGAAACAUAUAAUAACAGCUACAAAGAAUCACUAUCAGGAUCUGGUUGUCCGAUAUGGCCUGGAGAUUUUGAGUUACUAUAUAAGUAUGAAACAUAUAAUAACAGCUACAAAGAAUCACUAUCAGGAUCUGGUUGUCCGAUAUGGCCUGGAGAUUUUGAGUUACUAUAUAACUACAAAGAAUCACUAUCAGGAUCUGGUUGUCCGAUAUGGCCUGGAGAUUUUGAGUUACUAUAUAAGUAUGAAACAUAUAAUAACAGCUACAAAGAAUCACUAUCAGGAUCUGGUUGUCCGAUAUGGCCUGGAGAUUUUGAGUUACUAUAUAAGUAUGAAACAUAUAAUAACAGCUACAAAGAAUCACUAUCAGGAUCUGGUUGUCCGAUAUGGCCUGGAGAUUUUGAGUUACUAUAUAAGUAUGAAACAUAUAAUAACAGCUACAAAGAAUCACUAUCAGGAUCUGGUUGUCCGAUAUGGCCUGGAGAUUUUGAGUUACUAUAUAAGUAUGAAACAUAUAAUAACAGCUACAAAGAAUCACUAUCAGGAUCUGGUUGUCCGAUAUGGCCUGGAGAUUUUGAGUUACUAUAUAAGUAUGAAACAUAUAAUAACAGCUACAAAGAAUCACUAUCAGGAUCUGGUUGUCCGAUAUGGCCUGGAGAUUUUGAGUUACUAUAUAAGUAUGAAACAUAUAAUAACAGCUACAAAGAAUCACUAUCAGGAUCUGGUUGUCCGAUAUGGCCUGGAGAUUUUGAGUUACUAUAUAAGUAUGAAACAUAUAAUAACAGCUACAAAGAAUCACUAUCAGGAUCUGCUUGUCCGAUAUGGCCUGGAGAUUUUGAGUUACUAUAUAAGUAUGAAACAUAUAAUAACAGCUACAAAGAAUCACUAUCAGGAUCUGCUUGUCCGAUAUGGCCUGGAGAUUUUGAGUUACUAUAUAAGUAUGAAACAUAUAAUAACAGCUACAAAGAAUCACUAUCAGGAUCUGGUUGUCCGAUAUGGCCUGGAGAUUUUGAGUUACUAUAUAAGUAUGAAACAUAUAAUAACAGCUACAAAGAAUCACUAUCAGGAUCUGGUUGUCCGAUAUGGCCUGGAGAUUUUGAGUUACUAUAUAAGUAUGAAACAUAUAAUAACAGCUACAAAGAAUCACUAUCAGGAUCUGGUUGUCCGAUAUGGCCUGGAGAUUUUGAGUUACUAUAUAAGUAUGAAACAUAUAAUAACAGCUACAAAGAAUCACUAUCAGGAUCUGGUUGUCCGAUAUGGCCUGGAGAUUUUGAGUUACUAUAUAAGUAUGAAACAUAUAAUAACAGCUACAAAGAAUCACUAUCAGGAUCUGGUUGUCCGAUAUGGCCUGGAGAUUUUGAGUUACUAUAUAAGUAUGAAACAUAUAAUAACAGCUACAAAGAAUCACUAUCAGGAUCUGCUUGUCCGAUAUGGCCUGGAGAUUUUGAGUUACUAUAUAAGUAUGAAACAUAUAAUAACAGCUACAAAGAAUCACUAUCAGGAUCUGCUUGUCCGAUAUGGCCUGGAGAUUUUGAGUUACUAUAUAAGUAUGAAACAUAUAAUAACAGCUACAAAGAAUCACUAUCAGGAUCUGGUUGUCCGAUAUGGCCUGGAGAUUUUGAGUUACUAUAUAAGUAUGAAACAUAUAAUAACAGCUACAAAGAAUCACUAUCAGGAUCUGGUUGUCCGAUAUGGCCUGGAGAUUUUGAGUUACUAUAUAAGUAUGAAACAUAUAAUAACAGCUACAAAGAAUCACUAUCAGGAUCUGUUUGUUCGAUAUGGCCUGGAGAUUUUGAGUUACUAUAUAAGUAUGAAACAUAUAAUAACAGCUACAAAGAAUCACUAUCAGGAUCUGGUUGUCCGAUAUGGCCUGGAGAUUUUGAGUUACUAUAUAAGUAUGAAACAUAUAAUAACAGCUACAAAGAAUCACUAUCAGGAUCUGGUUGUCCGAUAUGGCCUGGAGAUUUUGAGUUACUAUAUAAGUAUGAAACAUAUAAUAACAGCUACAAAGAAUCACUAUCAGGAUCUGGUUGUCCGAUAUGGCCUGGAGAUUUUGAGUUACUAUAUAAGUAUGAAACAUAUAAUAACAGCUACAAAGAAUCACUAUCAGGAUCUGGUUGUCCGAUAUGGCCUGGAGAUUUUGAGUUACUAUAUAAGUAUGAAACAUAUAAUAACAGCUACAAAGAAUCACUAUCAGGAUCUGGUUGUCCGAUAUGGCCUGGAGAUUUUGAGUUACUAUAUAAGUAUGAAACAUAUAAUAACAGCUACAAAGAAUCACUAUCAGGAUCUGGUUGUCCGAUAUGGCCUGGAGAUUUUGAGUUACUAUAUAAGUAUGAAACAUAUAAUAACAGCUACAAAGAAUCACUAUCAGGAUCUGGUUGUCCGAUAUGGCCUGGAGAUUUUGAGUUACUAUAUAAGUAUGAAACAUAUAAUAACAGCUACAAAGAAUCACUAUCAGGAUCUGGUUGUCCGAUAUGGCCUGGAGAUUUUGAGUUACUAUAUAAGUAUGAAACAUAUAAUAACAGCUACAAAGAAUCACUAUCAGGAUCUGGUUGUCCGAUAUGGCCUGGAGAUUUUGAGUUACUAUAUAAGUAUGAAACAUAUAAUAACAGCUACAAAGAAUCACUAUCAGGAUCUGGUUGUCCGAUAUGGCCUGGAGAUUUUGAGUUACUAUAUAAGUAUGAAACAUAUAAUAACAGCUACAAAGAAUCACUAUCAGGAUCUGGUUGUCCGAUAUGGCCUGGAGAUUUUGAGUUACUAUAUAAGUAUGAAACAUAUAAUAACAGCUACAAAGAAUCACUAUCAGGAUCUGGUUGUCCGAUAUGGCCUGGAGAUUUUGAGUUACUAUAUAAGUAUGAAACAUAUAAUAACAGCUACAAAGAAUCACUAUCAGGAUCUGGUUGUCCGAUAUGGCCUGGAGAUUUUGAGUUACUAUAUAAGUAUGAAACAUAUAAUAACAGCUACAAAGAAUCACUAUCAGGAUCUGCUUGUCCGAUAUGGCCUGGAGAUUUUGAGUUACUAUAUAAGUAUGAAACAUAUAAUAACAGCUACAAAGAAUCACUAUCAGGAUCUGGUUGUCCGAUAUGGCCUGGAGAUUUUGAGUUACUAUAUAACUACAAAGAAUCACUAUCAGGAUCUGGUUGUCCGAUAUGGCCUGGAGAUUUUGAGUUACUAUAUAAGUAUGAAACAUAUAAUAACAGCUACAAAGAAUCACUAUCAGGAUCUGGUUGUCCGAUAUGGCCUGGAGAUUUUGAGUUACUAUAUAAGUAUGAAACAUAUAAUAACAGCUACAAAGAAUCACUAUCAGGAUCUGGUUGUCCGAUAUGGCCUGGAGAUUUUGAGUUACUAUAUAAGUAUGAAACAUAUAAUAACAGCUACAAAGAAUCACUAUCAGGAUCUGGUUGUCCGAUAUGGCCUGGAGAUUUUGAGUUACUAUAUAAGUAUGAAACAUAUAAUAACAGCUACAAAGAAUCACUAUCAGGAUCUGCUUGUCCGAUAUGGCCUGGAGAUUUUGAGUUACUAUAUAAGUAUGAAACAUAUAAUAACAGCUACAAAGAAUCACUAUCAGGAUCUGCUUGUCCGAUAUGGCCUGGAGAUUUUGAGUUACUAUAUAAGUAUGAAACAUAUAAUAACAGCUACAAAGAAUCACUAUCAGGAUCUGGUUGUCCGAUAUGGCCUGGAGAUUUUGAGUUACUAUAUAAGUAUGAAACAUAUAAUAACAGCUACAAAGAAUCACUAUCAGGAUCUGCUUGUCCGAUAUGGCCUGGAGAUUUUGAGUUACUAUAUAAGUAUGAAACAUAUAAUAACAGCUACAAAGAAUCACUAUCAGGAUCUGCUUGUCCGAUAUGGCCUGGAGAUUUUGAGUUACUAUAUAAGUAUGAAACAUAUAAUAACAGCUACAAAGAAUCACUAUCAGGAUCUGGUUGUCCGAUAUGGCCUGGAGAUUUUGAGUUACUAUAUAACUACAAAGAAUCACUAUCAGGAUCUGGUUGUCCGAUAUGGCCUGGAGAUUUUGAGUUACUAUAUAAGUAUGAAACAUAUAAUAACAGCUACAAAGAAUCACUAUCAGGAUCUGGUUGUCCGAUAUGGCCUGGAGAUUUUGAGUUACUAUAUAAGUAUGAAACAUAUAAUAACAGCUACAAAGAAUCACUAUCAGGAUCUGGUUGUCCGAUAUGGCCUGGAGAUUUUGAGUUACUAUAUAAGUAUGAAACAUAUAAUAACAGCUACAAAGAAUCACUAUCAGGAUCUGCUUGUCCGAUAUGGCCUGGAGAUUUUGAGUUACUAUAUAAGUAUGAAACAUAUAAUAACAGCUACAAAGAAUCACUAUCAGGAUCUGGUUGUCCGAUAUGGCCUGGAGAUUUUGAGUUACUAUAUAAGUAUGAAACAUAUAAUAACAGCUACAAAGAAUCACUAUCAGGAUCUGGUUGUCCGAUAUGGCCUGGAGAUUUUGAGUUACUAUAUAAGUAUGAAACAUAUAAUAACAGCUACAAAGAAUCACUAUCAGGAUCUGGUUGUCCGAUAUGGCCUGGAGAUUUUGAGUUACUAUAUAAGUAUGAAACAUAUAAUAACAGCUACAAAGAAUCACUAUCAGGAUCUGGUUGUCCGAUAUGGCCUGGAGAUUUUGAGUUACUAUAUAAGUAUGAAACAUAUAAUAACAGCUACAAAGAAUCACUAUCAGGAUCUGGUUGUCCGAUAUGGCCUGGAGAUUUUGAGUUACUAUAUAAGUAUGAAACAUAUAAUAACAGCUACAAAGAAUCACUAUCAGGAUCUGGUUGUCCGAUAUGGCCUGGAGAUUUUGAGUUACUAUAUAAGUAUGAAACAUAUAAUAACAGCUACAAAGAAUCACUAUCAGGAUCUGGUUGUCCGAUAUGGCCUGGAGAUUUUGAGUUACUAUAUAAGUAUGAAACAUAUAAUAACAGCUACAAAGAAUCACUAUCAGGAUCUGCUUGUCCGAUAUGGCCUGGAGAUUUUGAGUUACUAUAUAAGUAUGAAACAUAUAAUAACAGCUACAAAGAAUCACUAUCAGGAUCUGGUUGUCCGAUAUGGCCUGGAGAUUUUGAGUUACUAUAUAAGUAUGAAACAUAUAAUAACAGCUACAAAGAAUCACUAUCAGGAUCUGGUUGUCCGAUAUGGCCUGGAGAUUUUGAGUUACUAUAUAAGUAA